CGGGCGGGGCCCGGGCGGGCUGUUCUGGGUCGAUGGCAGCGGCGCCAUCUUUGUUGCGGGCGCGACUGGGGGGGGGACUUUGCCCGCUCCCCCUCCGGGCAUGCUGAGCGCGGUGCCCCGGGCCCUGCUGCGCUGCCGCCCGCUCCCCGCGCCCGCCCGCACCCCGAGACGCCAGCACAGCGCCGGUGCCGCGGGCCCCCCCCGACGCUGGUGCCCCCCACCUGCCCCGCACCCCAUGGCGGGUCCCGGGGGGCUGAAGCCGCUGGUGGCCGUGGGCCAGGUCACCUCCACGCCCGACAAGGAGCUGAACUUCGCCACCUGCGCCGGGCUGGUGCGGGAGGCGGCGCAGCGCGGCGCCUGCCUCGUCUUCCUCCCCGAGGGCUUCGACUACAUCGGCUCCGACCCGGCGCAGACCCUCCGCCUGUCCGAGGGGCUGGACGGGGACCUCAUGGGACGCUACACCGAGCUGGCCAGGGAGUGCGGCGUGUGGCUGUCCCUGGGCGGCUUCCACGAGCGCGGCCAGGACUGGCCGACCACGCAGCGCAUCUACAACUGCCACGUGCUGCUGGACCCCUCAGGUAAACUGGUGGCCGCCUACAGAAAGACCCACCUGUGUGACGUGGAGCUGCCAGGACGCGCUGUCAUGAAGGAGAGCAGCUUCACCAACCCCGGCGCCGAGAUCGUGCCCCCCAUCAGCACGCCGGCGGGGAAGCUCGGCCUCUCCAUCUGCUACGACCUGCGCUUCCCCGAGAUCUCGCUGGCGCUGCGGCGUGCCGGCGCCGAGAUCCUCACCUACCCCUCGGCCUUCACCGUCCCCACGGGCUCGGCGCACUGGGAGGUGCUGCUGCGGGCCCGGGCCAUCGAGAGCCAGUGCUACGUGGCGGCGGCUGCCCAAACCGGGAUGAACCACGAGCGCCGGACGUCCUACGGCCACGCGCUGGUGGUGGACCCCUGGGGCGCCGUGGUGGCCCAGUGCCGCGAGGGAACCGGGCUCUGCUACGCCGAGAUUGACCUCGAGUACCUGCGCCGCGUCCGCCGGGAGGUCCCGGUGCACGGCCACCGCCGGCCCGACCUCUACGGCACCGUGGGGCUGGCGCCGGCGCCCUGAGCCCCUCCCCGCUGCCGUGAAAGCCAGAGCGGGGCCAAAUCUGCUCUGCUUCAGACCGUUUCUCGCCAAAACGCGGCAGCAGGAUGGGCUCAGGGCUCCCUGUGCCACAGCCAGGUGUGUCCCCCCCACCUUUUUUCCCCCCAGGGUGCCCCCCUCCCACUGCUGGGGGGGUCGGGGUGCCCCCCAGCCCAGGCAGGGUCGGAAGGAAGGAGCCAGGCGCUGCGGUAGAUGUUUAUUUCAAGAAACCCGAAAGCUACACAGGGAAUAUGACCAUUAUAUUGAAGUUUAAAAAAUACAGAAGUCACAGAAAUUA